CACGGAAAGCGAAGAAGUCUCCAGUCCCUCGGAGCCCUUUUUCCAGGAGUCGACGUCCACCGCCCGUCUGUUAUGGGUCGCAGCGGGGAGCUAAGCGACUUCCAGCGGGGCACCGUGGUCGGAUGCCACAUGUGUAAGAAGUCCCUGCGGGAGAUCGCGACCCUCUUAAACCUGCCGCGUUCCACCGUCAGCAACGUCGUUCUGCAAUGGAAGCGAGAGGGCAGGACGUGCCCGCUGCCCCGAUGCGGUCGCCCCCACAAACUCAAAGAGGAACACCGGCAGGUCCUGGAGAGCUUGGCGCAGGAGCAGACCUUCCCUUCCUUGCAGGCACUCACCUCCGAGUUCCAGCGGGCGUCAGGGGCUAACGUGAGCUCGGCUACGGUGAGCAGAGAGCUGCGUGAGAUGGGGCUCCGCCGGCGGGGGUCUACCGAAGGCAGGGCCAAAGAAAGGAAGAAAGCAAAGAAGGCACAGGUUCCUUCCUGUCCGGACAAAGUGGACGUCUCCCGUCUGGACCUGCGAGUGGGAUGCAUAAUCAGAACCAUGCAGCUUCCCGAAACAGACAAUCUGUACUUGCGGCACGUCGAUGUGGGAGAGGCCCACCCGAGGACGGUGGUCAGCGAGUGCGUGCCUGUUAACCAGUUGCAGAACGGCAUGGCGGUUCUGUUAUGUAACCUGAAGCCAACACAGGUUAGAGGCGUGGCAUCGCAGGCCGUGCUCGUGUGCGUCAGAUCGCCGGACAAGGUGGAGAUCCUCAGUCCUCCGAAUGGGGCGGUUCCUGGGGAUAGAGUCACAUCCCACGGCUUUCCAGGUGAACCAGAUAAAGAGUUGGACUCUGUAAAGGUGUGGGAUCAGGUUCAUGCAGACCUCCGGACCGACAGCCAGUGCGUGGCCACCUACAAGGGGGUGCCCCUACAGGUCGCCGGCAAGGGAGCAUGCCGAGCCGAAACCUUGAGCGACUGUGAAAUCAUCCUAACUAAUGGAGGGACGGCUUGAAGGACAUUUUUUUUUGUUUUGUUUUUUUUUUUUUUCAUGGGAAAUGUGGAGGAAAAAAAUAACAUUCCUACCAGAACACGGCUGUAAAAAUUCUUUUUUUUUUUUAAAUCGUCAUUUUGAAGUGUAACGUUGUCAGUUACUUGAAUUUCUACUGUAUGUCCUCAAAUAGUGGCCUCUGCUGUACUUGAUGCUAUGCUAACCCACGGCUUGAAAAUAAGCCCAUGACCCACAGCCGUAAAAUUAAAAAAAAAAGCACAUUCGCAGUCAAUCAAUCAGCAGUUGUUACUCUCUGCAGUUGAGUCAAAAAACACCUUUUACUGGCCGCUAUUUGAGGGAAUGCGGUUAGCUAGGUUGCUAGUUUGAAUGUGCCUGCACUGAGGUGUGUAGUGAGCGAUGCUGUGACGUCAUCGCAAGCACGACCAGACUUUACCUGAAAUCCAUAAUCGACCGUGCGCCAUUUCUUUUCCCGUUUUCAGUCAUUUAUAUAAAUAUGCGAAAAAUGACGGAUGUCCGAUAUUGGCGUUCUUGCCGAAAAACCAAUACGCCGAUAUUGUCCUACUCUCAAUUUCUGAUCCCGAUAUCAGCCGAUGCUAAUAUGUGUAACAUGACAUCACAUCAUUUUUUUAAAUUAUUGGUUUUCAUGAUUGAGGAAAAAUCUGAUAUUUUUAUGCUGAUAAAACAAUAGCAAUACAUACAGUAUAUAAACAUACCUGUUUAGUAACGGCUAGCAAAAAAAAAAUUUUUGCGAUAUUAAUGAGAGUUACCAAAUAUGUUUGUGGGUUAAAUCCAAACUAUGUAUAUCAAUGCGUACGCCUUAAAGAUUGUAAAGGUAUUUAUAUAUUUUUGUCCCAGGCAAAAUAUAAAAAAGGCCUCAAAGGAAAGGGAAGUGUGCAGUCAAUUUUGAAAAAAUAAUAAAUUUUUCAAUUUUUUCUUUAUUUUUUUUAACAUUAAAAUUUGCAAAUUAUUCGUGUAGAAUUUUGAAGCAAAAUCUUGUAACCAAACGGAACCUGGGGAGCAGCAAUUUGCACUGACAAAAACCAAUGGGAGUCUUCGUUAUUGAUAAUUACAAAUAUAUAUUAUAGAAUUAUGUCUAAUCAUUUCAGGAUAACUCGCAAGCAGAUCAUAAUUAGCUUCCAUGCUACAGUCCGCCCUCUGUUAUAGUACUUCAAACGUCCUCAAUACUUGGGUCGUGUAUUUCGAAGAUGACUAAUACGCAACUUUGUUCCUUAUUAUUAAUGCAUACCAGAUAGUGUCUUCUUCUUCUUCUCACUGUUUUAUUUUUGUAAGCAUGUUAAUAAUGUUUAUGCUUAUUUGCU